AGUUCCUGAAAUGCUCUCAUUGGCCGUUGGACUUGAUAGCAACAGACACCUGACUUAAUAUUGAACAGCCCAAUUAUAAAUGCUCCAUCCUCCACGAUUACAAUUGCACGUAGACAACUCUUUCAAGCAACAAGGAAACAAAGGAAAGUAAAGAUGCUGGCCUGUCGCUCGCUGGCUUGGGGACUUCAGCGUGCUGCCUGGAGGGGUGUGUCCACCACUAGCCGUGCAUGUACUGCUGCCUCGAAAGAUGUGAUCGACUCCAGCUUGCCCCAGUAUACCAACCGCAUGGACGUUCCUCUGCCUGACAGACCAUUCAUCAUGGAGCUCAACUCUGAGCAUCGCAAACUGAAGGAGAAGGAGAAAGGGCCCUGGACUAAUAUAACCAAAGAGGAGAAGAUUGCACUCUACAGGAUGGCCUACGAGCUCACCUACGCCGAGAUGAACAAGAGAACUGACGAAUGGAAGUCCGUGGUGGGCGGGGUCUUUUUCUUCCUGGGCUUAACCGGGCUGGUCAUUUGGUGGCAGCGUGUGUACGUGUUCGGCGAUGUGCCCCACACUCUGUCAGCCGAGUGGGUGGAGCAGGGGACACAGAGAGCCAUCGACAUGAGGAUGAACCCCGUCGAAGGCUUAGCCUCAAACUGGGACUAUGAGAAAAAGCAGUGGAAGUAGAUCUGAUGGGGGGGGGGGAGGUGUGGGAGCAGGGUCAGGUGGGACAAGGCAAUAGUGAGGAGGGAAACCUGGGCCUAGCGAGAUUAAAGUCACAAUGCGACGCUGUGACCUGCGAACCACUGCUCGCAAAACAAUUCUGUGCAGUCUCAAUAUAACCACUCUGUAAACUGACAUAAACAAAUACCUGGAAAAAAAAAAUCUAAUGUGCAGGUCUUUCUGGGGA